UGCAGUCUCAACCGGUUUAGACUGGCCAGGGUGCCUCGGCUAAGGAGAGCGGCGAGUGGGACCACCCCGGGAGUGACUUCCCGGGGUGGGGGCUGGAAGGUGGAGCCGGCGGGGAGGGUUGCAAUCCACGUGUCCCUGGGGCUGAGGGCGGCGGCGGUGGAUCGCGCGCGGCGGGACCGGUCGCCCAGCGCACGGCCGGGAUCAGCAACCGCGGCCCCAGCCGCGCCCGGGACUCAGUACCUACAGAGAAGCACCGCGUUGACUCGCCAUGGAGUUUCCGAAGUCACCUGAUGGCGGAUGGGGCUGGGUGAUUGUGGCCGUCUCCUUCUUCACUCAGUUCCUCUGUUACGGAUCCCCGUUGGCCGUCGGGGUCUUGUACAUAGAGUGGUUGGAUGCCUUCGGUGAAGGAAAAGGAAAAACAGCCUGGGUGGGAUCCCUGGCGAGUGGCGUCGGCUUGCUUGCAAGUCCCGUCUGCAGUCUCUGUGUGUCAUCUUUUGGAGCGAGAUCCGUCACCAUCUUCAGUGGCUUCCUGGUGGCUGGAGGCCUGAUGCUGAGCAGUCUUGCCCCCAAUAUCUACUUUCUGUUUUUUUCCUAUGGCAUCGUCGUAGGUCUCGGAUGUGGCUUGUUAUACACCGCGACAGUGACCAUCACGUGCCAGUAUUUUGACAGCCGCCGAGGCCUUGCGCUUGGCCUGAUUUCAACAGGUUCGAGCGUGGGCCUCUUCAUCUACGCUGCUCUGCAGAGGAUGCUGAUAGAGUUCUACGGCCUGGAUGGGUGCCUACUUAUUGUGGGCGCGCUGGCUUUAAACAUACUCGCCUGUGGCAGUCUGAUGAGGCCCUUGCAGUCUCCCGUCUGCCCUUUUCCUGAAAAAAUAGCUCCGGAGAACGUUCUAGAGAGAUACUCCACGUACAGUGAGAAAGAGAAGAGCCUGGAAGAAAAUCUGAACAUCUUGGACAAGGGCUACAGUACCGAAGAUAAAUGCACCAACACCUUGCCCAACGGUGACUGGGCACGGGACAACCCCAAAAACCCCACAGCCGCAGCGCACAAAAAGAAGGUUGUGGAGCAGACUUAUUUUUGCAAGCAGCUUGCCAAGAGGAAAUGGCAGUCAUAUAGGAACUACUGCGGCGAGACCGUGUCUCUUUUUAAAAACAAAGUCUUCGCGGCGCUUUUCAUCGCCAUCUUGCUUUUUGACAUCGGAGGGUUUCCGCCAUCGCUGCUCAUGGAGGACGUCGCGAGAAGUUCCAACGUGAGGGAAGAGGACCUCACCAUGCCGCUCAUCUCCAUCAUCGGCAUUAUGACAGCCGUGGGCAAGCUUCUUUUAGGCAUCAUGGCUGACUUCAAGUGGGUCAACACCUUGUACCUCUAUGUAGCCACCCUUAUCAUCACGGGCCUGGCCUUGUGUGCAAUCCCCCUUGCCAAGAGUUACAUCACCCUGGCGAUACUUUCUGGGAUCUUGGGUUUUCUUACUGGUAAUUGGUCCAUCUUCCCGUAUGUGACCACUAAGACUGUAGGGAUUGACAAGUUAGCCCACGCCUAUGGGAUCCUCAUGUUCUUCGCUGGACUUGGGAACAGCCUCGGGCCACCGAUUGUUGGUUGGUUCUACGACUGGACGCAGACCUAUGACAUCGCCUUCUAUUUCAGUGGCUUCUGUGUCCUGCUGGGGGGCUUCAUCCUGCUGCUUGCCGCCUUGCCCUGUUGGGACGUGUGCAACAGGAAGCUCCCUAAGCCAGCGCCAACAGCCUUUUUCUACAAAGUUGCCUCUAAUGUUUAGAGGGAUAUUAAAAGGCGUUAUUUUCUCUAUUUUCUACUUUAUACUAUAUGUAUACACACACAUAUAUAUAGUAUAUAUGAGUAUGUAUAUAUAUAUAAUUUAACAAAUUGUUAGGCAGGUUCCCCAGAGUCAAGAGCUUAGAGCAACACUUCGGCUGACUCUGAAGGGGACUGUACUUCCACAUAGCCUGUUUUUAUGUACUGCGUGUGUAACCUUUACCCCUUGUACGCCCCUCCCUGAAGAAGUGGGAGUGUUCUCUUUUACUACUGUUGUUGGUGAGUUCAGGGUGUAAAGCUGUUGGCUCGCCUCACCAAAUUUUCUCUGGGUGAAGAAGUUUUGUGUCUCUCUGCUUUCCCCGGGAGCUCUACCACACACAAGGUCUUAAACCACGCACGUUCCUGUCUUAAACCACGCAAGUUCCUGUCUUAAACCACGCACACCUCAUGGCGGGAUAUUUGUGAAGACCCCUAAGGAAUAAUUGUUGUCUCCUCUAUAUCAGACCCGCAAGUCCAGAGAAGACACUGAGCCAUCUCACUUCCAGCAAUGAAAGCGGCAGUUACAAUGUCACUAAGACUUGGAAGACUUUAGACAAGAUUUUUUUAAAUCGCAGCUGCCAUCGUCGGUUUUCUGUUUUAUUGUCCUUGUUGAAGCACUGUGGGACAUUCGGUGUUCACUGUGUGUGAACUUGUUCAAUUCCUCCAGCAGUCUUUCUGCAUGGCCUGCUCCCUAGGACCUCGCUCUCUGGUAUGUUGGUCAGCAUCCUCUCUCUGAUAUCUCCUAAGAGCUGCUGACUUGCUGGUUUCCAGCUUGGAAAUACACCUCUGAGCCAUUCCGUUGGGCAAGUGGGAAGCAUCCCUAGCUUCCGUUUGCUUUGAGCGCCGUGGGAAUGGGUUGCAAGGCCCUGCAUGUCUUCCAAUGAAGCCGUGGUGCUUUCUCUUGGGCCUUUCCACUACUGCAUCUUAGUUUAUGGACAGUGCUU